AAGCAGCACGUGAAGCUGUCAUGUCAGCGAAUCGUCCGCAGGCAGCGCUGCGGUAUCGUUUCCGCUUUCUUUUACUUUGUGUAUGGUGUCAGAGUAAGACGGUUCAAGAUGCAGAUCUUCGUCAAAACCCUCACGGGUAAGACCAUUACCCUUGAGGUCGAGCCCUCGGAUACGAUCGAGAAUGUGAAGGCGAAGAUCCAGGACAAGGAGGGAAUCCCGCCAGAUCAGCAGCGUCUGAUCUUCGCCGGCAAGCAGCUGGAGGAUGGCCGCACGCUGUCCGAUUACAACAUCCAGAAGGAGUCGACCCUUCAUCUGGUGCUGCGCCUGCGCGGUGGUGCCAAGAAGCGCAAGAAGAAGAACUACUCCACCCCGAAGAAGAUCAAGCACAAGAGGAAGAAGGUCAAACUUGCUGUCCUCAAGUACUACAAGGUCGACGAGAACGGAAAGAUCCACCGUCUGCGUCGUGAGUGCACCAGCGAGUCGUGCGGUGCUGGCGUGUUCAUGGCUGCCCAUGAGGACCGUCACUACUGCGGCAAGUGCCACCUGACGCUUGUCUACUCGAAGCAGGAGGAGAAGUAAAAGGUGAAAGUGGCGUGAGCGGAGGGUGUACGGCGCGCUUGGCCGUAUCAGUCUUGAACCCCAACCACACCAACCCCCCUCCACACGUGUAUGUGGCGUGCGCUCGCUUCUCAGGUUGCUUUUCCACUUCUUCUACCUGGGUUUAGUGUAAUCGAUACGGCAGCGUGUUGUCCUCUACACGGUUCCACACAAAUUGGAAGGGAAAACAAUAAAGAUGAUACGGCUAUCGUGUCCUGUAUUACAUUAAAAUCUAA